AUGGCGACGUCACUGAGGUGCUUUCUCCGCUCAGGAAAGCUAACGCCAGUGCUGGUGUCUGUUUCCCCGCAGAAUGCCGUCCUGGUCCUGGGUCGGCGGGGCUUUCACGGGAGCUCUCCGGCCGCUGUGCAGCGGCAGCAAAGGAGUGAAAAAAGGCCUUCGGAGGAUAAGAAGCUGCGUCUCUGCUGCCAGGUGACGGUCCGAGAUGCCCUGAACACGGCGAUGGACGAGGAGCUGGAGCGGGACGAGCGCGUGUUCCUGAUGGGGGAGGAGGUGAGCAGGGGUUUGUGGAAGAAGUAUGGAGACAAACGCAUCAUCGACACUCCGAUCUCAGAGAUGGGGUUUGCUGGCAUCGCCGUGGGAGCCGCCAUGGCCGGCCUGAGGCCCAUCUGUGAGUUCAUGACCUUUAACUUCUCGAUGCAAGCCAUCGAUCAGAAUGCCGUCCUGGUCCUGGGUCGGCGGGGCUUUCACGGGAGCUCUCCGGCCGCUGUGCAGGUGACGGUCCGAGAUGCCCUGAACACGGCGAUGGACGAGGAGCUGGAGCGGGACGAGCGCGUGAGCAGGGGUUUGUGGAAGAAAUAUGGAGACAAACGCAUCAUCGACACUCCGAUCUCAGAGGUCAUCAACUCGGCGGCUAAAACCUACUACAUGUCCGCGGGCCAGCAGUCCGUUCCCAUCGUCUUCAGGGGGCCCAACGGCGCCUCGGCAGGGGUCGCCGCCCAGCACUCACAGUGCUUCGCCGCCUGGUACGCCCACUGCCCCGGGCUGAAAGUCGUGAGUCCGUGGAACGCCGAGGACGCCAGAGGUCUGCUGAAGGCCGCCAUCAGGGACGACAACCCCGGUGAGUGGGUCCACUCAGGCUCCACUCAGGACGGCCAUUAG